AUGCGUUGGUUCAGCCCUGCCGUGCAAUCCAAGGGCGCCAUACACGAGUAUUCGAAUUUCCUUCCUCGCUUAGGCCACAAGUUAAUGUCAUGCCUGAGGUUAAAUGAUGCAGAUGACAAGAGAACUGAGGUCACUUCAUUACAACCUCGUUACCGCUCGGCUAGUAUUGAUAUUUCAUCCGCAUCACGUCUAGAUCAUAGCAUUACUCUGGGGCCCACACUGGUCGCGGGAAAUUUCAUUCCAAACGCAAUCUUCGGUACCUUCAAUCUACGAGCAGAAAGUGUCUACCUGGACGGUUCUCGUCUGUCUCCUCCGUUCGUGGCUACUAUUUAUCUUGCUUCGGUUCAGUUCAAACUUAUUGGGUCUAUUCCAUAG